AUGACAAUCUGCGGCCUCACUCGGAUGAGACGAACGGGAAGAUCCCCACGCGGGAAGGGUCUGGACAGAGUUGAAACAUGGAAGCAGGUCGGCGCUCGCGGUGCCUGGUGUCUCGAGCAGCUCCUUGUCCAAGGGGAAUCCCUCACGGAGAGCAGUUGCAUGUUGGAAAUGUCGGGCGAUUUUAAUCAGCAAGAAGUGGGAAAAGAAGGCAGAGCGACAGGGCAUGACGAGUUUGACGGGCUGGGCAGAAAGGAGCAUCGCUGCCAUGGCUGGUGCCUCAGCUGUGGGCAGACCGCAGGGCGAGCGAGCGAUCCACUCUGUACCUGCGAAGUGCCUUGUCUACCCACUCGACUACUGCGUACUCCGUAUGCGAUGGAUAGGUACCGCCAUUUCCAGAAUCCCAGCGGGCAGGUGUUGGGGACGGCCCACUGGAGGAUAGUGGACAUGGAGGGCGUCAUGGGUGGGCAGACCGCUCAAUGGGCCUGUCCCCGUUCAUCGAGAUGGCCUUGUACUGCGUAUUGCGGUGGUGAGGUACCUAGCGGGUACUUGGUAGCCAGGAUUAAGUAA